AUGGCAGUCAGCGAGAAGCGACGCAUCAUUAUCGUGGGCGUGGGCUCGUUCAUGUCAAGAUCACUUGCCUUAUGGCUUGCAGGCCUAGGAUGGAAUAUCGCUCUAGUUUCACGUACUCAAAAAAGUAUAUCCGCCAUUGCAAGCGAAGUGGUCGCGGCCCAGCGAAACAGAAAUGCAAAAGUCGUGUUCCGAACAGCUGAUGCCGGUCAGCCCGCCAGCUUAGAGGCGGCUCUGGACUGGUCAGUCCAGCAAAUCGGAGGCAAAGUCGAUGUCCUCAACUACAAUGCCGCGCAUGUUGCCCCGUCCGAUAUUCUUAAUCUGACCCCCGAGGUUCUCGAGGCCGAUUUUCGGGUUUCUGCUUUGGGAACACUGAUUGCCGGUCAGUGGUUUGUAGAGCAUGCAUAG